CGGUGUCAAACCAACAAUAUCUGGAUUAUAUUUGGCAAGUUGUGGUUAUGAUGGAUUUGUGAACAUUUGGUCUGCUGAUGAUUGGAGUUUACUUAAAAUAUUGGCUGGGCAUGAUGGAAAAGUAAUGGCUGUUGAUAUUUCCUCAG